GAGUAAUAAUAUAUAAAUUUUAUAUCUUAAAAAUAAUAUUCUAACAUAAAAUAUUAAUAGUAUUGAAUAAUGUAAUUUUAAAACCUUCACGAAUUCCCUUGGAUUUAAUUAUUCCAGCAGAAUCGUUUGUAUUUCGAUUAUUUUUUAAGUCUCUUGGAUUGAAGUCAUCUUCUUCCCCGAUCUCACCGACCUUAACGAAUCACAAAAGCUAGAAACAAAUUAUAUACAUUUUAUCGAUACAAAGAUCCAACCCUCCUUUUAGAUUUUCGUUUUACCACGCUUUUUGAAACAAAAAGUACUUCCUUUUUCUUGAUUACUGUAAUGGAACCGGUGGUGAACGACGGCGCCGCCGAACAGAUUAUCCUCCGAUGGGAUGCCACGGCCUCGGAAGACGCCAGGGUCCGUAUGAUCUUCGACGGGGAUCGGCAAGAGAUUGAGCGUUACUUGCAGGCCGUCGAUCAAAUUCAACGAUCCAUGGACUCAACUACACUGUCGGAUGAUGACCAGCAGUCAACAAAAGUCAACAAUGCAAUCCAGAUCGCCAUGGCUCGUCUCGAGGAUGAGUUUCGUAAUAUACUCAUCACCAACUCUACUCCGAUCGAGACCGAAUCUGUCACCGAGUCGAUCUCUUCAACUCGCUUGACUACCAGAACCAAUAGCUCCCGCAGUGAGUCGCCGGAAAACGAUGAUUGCAGCAACAGAGGGGAAGACGACGCUGUUUCCAGAGAUGGCUCUUCUUCCUUUCCGGAACGCAGUGCGACAUUUGAGAGCUGCAGAUCUAUGACCAGCAUUCGCGAGCAAGAUCUCAUACCAUCGGAAAGCAUUGCUGAUCUCCGAUGCAUCGCCGAGCGUAUGUUCACCGCCGGUUACUCUAGAGAGUGCGUGCAGGUAUAUGGAAGCGUACGGAAGUCCGUGGUGGAUGGAAGCUUCAAGAAGCUCGGUGUUGAGAAACUGAGCAUCGGCGAUAUCCAGAGGCUGGAAUGGGAUGCGUUGAACACCAAAAUCGGAAGGUGGAUACGCGCUGCCAAAAUCUGUGUUAGAGUCUUGUUCGCAAGCGAGAAGAAACUCUGCAAACAGAUCUUCGAGGAUCUCGGAACAGCGGCGGAUGAUGCUUGUUUCAUGGAAACAGUUAAAGGUCCGGCGAUUCAGCUUUUUAACUUCGUGGAAGCCAUUAGUAUUAGCCGUAGGUCGCCGGAGAAGCUGUUCAAGAUCUUGGAUUUACACGAUUCCUUAUUGGAUUUAUUACCUGACAUUGACGACGUUUUUGAUUCUAAACCAGCCGAAUCAAUCAAAACUCAGGCGACGGAGAUACUCUCCAGAUUAGCGGAGGCUGCUAGAGGCAUGCUAUCGGAGUUUGAAGGUGCAGUUCUUCGAGAACCUUCUCGUGUUCCUGUCCCCGGUGGAACCAUUCAUCCAUUAACGAGGUAUGUAAUGAACUACAUAAGCUUGAUUUCAGAUUACAAGCAAACCCUAGCAGAAUUAAUCGUCUCCAAACCUACAACCGGAUCUAGAUACUCGGAUGAUUCCACUACUCCGGACAUGGAUUUCACCGACCACGAAGGUCAAUCACCAUUAGCCCUCCACUUAAUCUGGAUAAUUGCGAUACUGCAAUUCAACCUGGAAGGAAAAUCCAAACACUACAAAGACAAUUCCCUAGCUCAUUUGUUCAUCAUGAACAACGUCCACUAUAUCGUUCAAAAGAUCAAAGGUUCAUCGGAGUUGAGAGAGAUGAUCGGAGAUCAGUACCUGAGAACUCUUACCAGGAUCUUCAGACAGGCAGCUACAAACCACCAACGAGCAACCUGGGUGGGAGUACUGCGGUGUUUGAGAGACGAAGGAUUACACACCACCAAAACUUUCUCAUCUGCUGGGGUUUCAAAGAGCUCUCUGAGAGAACGAUUCAAAUCGUUCAAUGCCAUAUUCGAUGAAGUUCACAGGACACAAUCGUUAUGGCUGGUACCCGAUGAACAGCUUCGUGAAGAGCUCAGAAUUUCCAUAUUGGAAACAUUAAUUCCGGCUUACCGGUCGUUUCUUGGGAGAUUCAGGAAUCAUAUUGAGAGUGGGAGGCACCCUGAGAAUUACAUCAAGUACUCUGUUGAAGAUCUUGAGACUGCUGUGUUGGAUUUGUUUGAAGGAUAUGCAGCUUCACAACACUCGAGGAGAAGAUCACAGUAAAAGGGAGUGUCGGAUAUUGUAGGAUAUCAUUCUUUGAUUAUUUUUUGAGUAAAAGAAAGAUGAAGCCUCAUAAUCUGUUAGCACGUUGUAUGUUAUUUCAUCACUUUGUUUCACUUUUCUUGUUAAUUAUUAACAUGAAUACUCAUAUUUAAUAAAACUUGCAUAACUGCUUUAGUAUGCCUUUUUUUA